AUGUCUGUGGUCGUAGAACCCAGAGCCGUGGCCCCAGCGUCCACAGUCUCGCAAAGAGGUGGUGAACUGUCACGCUAUGGGCUGCCUAUGAACACUGGUCUUCGAGGAGAAUUGCCCAGCUCAGCAACGGCCCUCACGGAGAAGCCGGGUCCAAGUGACCGUGAGCCUUGGGACUUUGUUGAGUUCGCGAACCAUUACACGGAGGCUCCGUGGGGCGGCCGGUGCUCUCUAAUUGAGUUCCUCAGCCAGUUGGACCGCCGACAACCUUUGAGAGGCGUGUUGAGACGACUGAUUCUGUCGUCAUAUCUUGGAAGGAUUUCUAUAAGAUCUAGACGAGCUUCCACCUCAAGUCGGUCCUUUUUUCCUCAUCAUCCAACACACUUCACACUCCAGCCUCUCUUGAACAACCAUCCUCGGCUUCUCACUUCGACUGCGAGAUACUUCAAGAUGAAGAUCCUCAACGCCCUUCUCACGUUGUCGGCCCUGGCGGUCAGCAUCGACGCCCUUCCAGUCUCGGUGACCAAAGAGGAUGCCCAGACUUUCCAUGACAUGUCUCUGCAUGAAACCAGCAUCAUAGCCCGCCAGGCCCAGCCUCCUCCAUCGGCCUUGAUUCCCGACGCAACACCUGAAGACGACAUGGAUGAAUUCGAAGAAGUGGAGGAAGUCGACGACGUCACGAAUCCAGGAGAGGUCGAAGCCGAGGGCAAGAAAAAGAAGAAGAAGAAGAAGAAGAAGGGCAAGAAGAAGGGCAAGAAGGAGAAGAAGCCCGAGAAGCCGGACGCCAUCCCGGCUGAUGGAGCUCAACCGCCCGCUGCUGGUGCUCAACCUGCGCCCGCAGCCGGUGCCCAGCCUAUUCCCGCUGCCGGUGCCGCUCCGGCCGCUGCCCCGGCCAAGGCACCAGCUCCCGGAGCACCUGCAGCCGCUGCUCCCCCACCCGCCCCAGCGCCGGCGGCUCCUCGCUCGGUUGCCAAGGCAUUCAUGGCCUAG